ACUAGAGGACUGUGUGAGGCGGUGGAGUGUGUCUCUCUCUCUCUCUCUCUCUCUCCCCUUCGGGACAGGGGGCAGGCGGAGAGGCAGGCUGUGUUGGGCGGUCCAGGAAAGCUACCCCUGUGCUCAAGGUAGGGAGGAGGAACAGAAGAGGCUGCCGUAGCUGCUGCUUCCAACGCAGUCCCCCCUGUCUUCCUCUCCUGCGUUCUCCCCUUGUCCUGUUGUCUUCACCACUCAAAACAAUGGAGUCCAGCAUGGAAACCAACAGCCCCAAGAAGAUCCAGUUUGCCGUACCUGUCUUUCAGAGUGAGCUGGACCCCCAGGCAUCGGAGCAUAUCCGAAAGAGGAGACCAACACCAGCCACCCAUGUCAUCUAUCUUCCGCCAGACCUAACUGCAGCAGAUGACAGGCAGACUACCAGCCGUCACGGAGGGACCCAGAGUGCAGAGUUGGCUCCUGCUCAGAGAAAACACAGUGUCUUCACCUCCCCGACCAUGAAAGACUGCUGUCAAGGCCACCGCGAAGACAGAGAGAACCGUCUGCAUUCCCAGACGGACAACCUGGCCCUAGCAGAGCAGCUGUCAGGGGCCCUGCCACAACUGACAGAAACACUGGCCCCAGCAGAGCAGCUGUCAGGGGCCCUACCACAACCGACAGACACACCGAGACGCAAAGACACCCCGUACCAGCACCUACCUCCUUUUACCCCAGGGGCCAAGCUGCUUAAGAGCAAAUCAAAGGUAUCCUUCCCUGAAGAGGAGGAGAAGGAGGCGGAGAAAGAGGAGGACGCCAAGAGGAACCCGAAGUGAGAGGUGAGAAGGGGACGGUCUGUUGGCCCAUGUUUCUAAUGGAUUUCUAAUGGAACACGUUAAUGGGUGAUGAACUCUUGGGAAAAGAUUAUGAUUUAAUGUAUAAGGUUUCGUUUCUAGAUUGGGAUUCCAUUUUUCCAGUCUUGCAUUUUUUUUAAGUCAAAAAGGACAUCUCAAAAUGUACCGUUGUCUUUGAUUAUGUACAUUUUAGAUAUUGUAAUAGCAGAGUUUAUGUGCUUCUUACCUGCAACUAGACUGACUGAUAUGUAGUUAAAUACUGAUUUUUCUUUUUUAAUAUUUCCUUCAAAAAGAAAAUAACAUGAAAUCUACUUCUAUUUUUGCUUCAUCCCAUCAUGUUAUCUCAUUAUGUAAAAUACUUGCUGAUAAUUCACAUAGAUUGAUUUGUGAUAUUUUUGUAGUAUUUUCUACUGGUACUGGGUUUGUAUACAGUGUACCACUGUGUAUUACAAGUUACUGUACAAACAAGGAGUCCUACAAUCAAAUGUUUUCCUUACUGGUGUUUUGGAGAAUCUGAAUGCUAUGUUCUGUAGGUCUGAUGUGUUACAGGUGUUACCAAAAGUAUCUAGGUUAAUAUUGAAUAAAAUGCUGGCUAAAUCUAUACAUUUUUGUUGCCUAAAGCAUUGUGGGCAUUUAGUGGAGCAGAGAAAGAAACACUGCGGAUCAUAUUAAUUGCCAAACCCAACUGUCCGGUUUAUUUUGGUCAGAUAUAUUGUUGUCUCAGCUAACGAAUAAAGGGAAGACUUCAUAACACAAAAUAAAAUGUUUCCAUAUUUGAA